AUGGCCGCGCCCGGGCAGGAGGAGUACGCGUACCUCUACAAGGACUCUGCGCACCCCGCCGGCUUCUUGGAGGCGUUCCGGACGUUUUACCUGGACGGGCUGUUCACCGACAUCACCCUGCAGUGCGCUUCGGGGGUCAUCUUCCACUGCCACAGAGCUGCCCUGGCAGCCUGCAGCAGUUAUUUUAAAGCUAUGUUCACAGCCGAUAUGAAAGAAAAAUCAAAAAACCAGAUCAGCCUUCCCGGGCUGAGCCAUGCGGUGCUGGAAGCUCUCGUGAAUUACGCGUACACAUCACAGAUUCAGAUAACAAAGAAAAAUGUCCAAAGCCUACUCCAGGCUGCAGACCUGCUCCAGUUCGUGUCAGUAAAGAAAGCCUGUGAGCAGUUUCUGGUGAGGCACUUAGAUACUGACAACUGCAUUGGGAUGCACUCCUUUGCUGAAUAUCAUGAUUGCUCGGAGCUGGAGAAAGAGUCCAGAAGGAUAUUGUUAUGGCAGUUUGAAGAAGUGUGGAAGCAGGAAGAGUUUCUGGACAUUGGCAAGGAGAAGCUCUCUUAUAUUCUUUCCAGGGAGAAUCUCAAUGUUCAGAAAGAAGAGGCAGCUAUUGAAGCUGUCAUUAAGUGGGUUUCACACAACGUGGAAGGAAGAAUUGAAGACAUCUGUGAAGUGCUAAGCUGCAUCAAAGUAGACUUAGAUAAUGUGUAUUUGAGGUCAGCUUUAAGCCUGCAAAAAAAAUGUCGACUCAAUGGCAGUAAGAUAAGAUCACUCAUAUAUAAUGCCCUGAACCUCAAUCCCAAAGGUCUUUCCAGAAGAUCCACAGCAACCAUGUAUGUAAUUGGAGGAUAUUAUUGGCAUCCCUUAUCAGAAGUGCAUGUUUGGGAUCCUUUAACUGAUGCAUGGGUCCAGGGAACAGAGAUGCCAGAUCACACUAGAGAGAGCUAUGGGGUCACUAGUUUGGGACCAGACAUAUAUGUGACAGGAGGUUACAGAACAGAGAGUAUUGAAGCUCUUGACACCGUGUGGAUAUAUAACAGCGAGAGAGAUGAGUGGACAGAAGGCUGCCCCAUGCUCAACGCAAGGUAUUACCACUGUGCAGUUUCCUUGAGUGGCUGCAUUUAUGCAUUGGGAGGGUACCGAAAGGGAGCUCCAGUCCAAGAAGCUGAGUUUUAUGAUCCUUUAAUACAGAAAUGGCUUCCCAUCGCAAACAUGAUCAAAGGAGUUGGAAAUGCCACUGCCUGUGUCCUGCAUGAAGUUAUCUACGUCGCUGGAGGUCACUAUGGGUACAGGGGAAGCUGCACCUAUGAUAAAAUCCAGAGAUACCAUUCAGGUAGCAACGAGUGGAGUAUUGUCACCACAAGUCCACAUCCAGAAUACGGAUUGUGUUCAAUUACAUUACAAAACAAGAUCUAUUUUGUGGGUGGACAGACCACAAUCACCGACUGCUAUGACCCAGAGCAAAAUGAGUGGAAGCAGAUGGCUCACAUGAUGGAGAGAAGGAUGGAGUGUGGCACAGUGGUUAUGAACGGGUGCAUCUAUGUAACAGGAGGAUAUUCCUAUUCAAAAGGAACAUACCUGCAGAGCAUUGAGAAAUAUGACCCUGAACUGAAUAAAUGGGAAGCAGUAGGUAAUCUUCCCAGUGCUAUGCGGUCACAUGGCUGUGUCUGUGUGUAUAAUGUGUAAGCAUUUAAAUGCAUAAAUGCAUUUAAUUUUCAUCCUGUUGUUACAGAAAACAGCAGAUGCAGUAUUCAUAACAGUACUACCUCAUGAGGGGUUGUCUAAUGCAAUCUCUUAGUCUAUGUUGUUAAUAACUAAUUUGUUUUUGUUUUAAACAACUCAG